AUGCCCCCGAUUAAGAUGGAGGGGGUAAAGAUGGAGGGCGUCAAACCUGAGCCAUCCGAUGCCAACAACUUGCUUUCGACCCCCGUUGCACCCUCGCAUCUCCUUACGCCUCUCCGCGGCACCCCUCUUCACCAUGUCAAGGCUGAGCCUGGAUUGAAAGCUGAGGUCAAGCCCGAGGUCAGCCAAGAGCAACAACCCAUCGAGGAAGAACAGCAAGGCCCCGACCCUCUCGAAGAGUGGUCUACAGAGACAUCCCCGGAGGUCCUAGAGGAUGGCGUCAAGCGAGGCCUGGACUUUUUGAACCAUAUCAAGAACUUCUUCAACGCUGCUUCAUCCAUGCCCGACACCCAAGCUCCCGCCAUUGUUGGUGUCGUUGGCAACACUGGUGCCGGCAAGAGCUCCGUCAUCAACGCCCUCCUUGACGAGGAGAGGCUUCUGCCGACCAACUGUCUCCGAGCCUGCACUGCCUCCCCCACGGAGAUCUCAUACAACAAGUCCGACGACCCCUCCGAGCUCUACCGUGCCGAGAUUGAGUUCAUUUCUUCUGAGGACUGGAUGAAGGAGCUCAAGACGCUGUACACGGACAUUUUUGACGACAAUGGCAAUGUAUCCCGCGAGUGCACCAACCCUGACACGGAGGCUGGUAUCGCUUACGCCAAGAUCAAGUCCGUCUAUCCUUCCAAGACCAACAAGAUGAUCGCCGAGAGCAGCCCCGAGAAACUCGCCAACGAGUCCGAAGUGAGACGUGUGCUCGGCAGUGUCAAGAAGCUCAAGUCAACCACCGCCAAGGAGCUCUACAACGGCAUGCAACGCUACGUCGACAGCAAAGAGAAGAACAACCAUCUCAAGAAGGACGUCCCCAUGGAGUAUUGGCCCUUGAUCAAGGUUGUCCGCAUCUACACCAAGGCGAACGCUCUGUCCACUGGCGCCAUCAUCGUCGACUUGCCCGGUGUACAGGACUCCAACGCCGCCCGAGCUGCUGUUGCCCAGCAAUACAUGAAGGCAUGCAGUGGUCUCUGGAUUGUCGCACCCAUCAACCGCGCAGUCGACGACAAGACCGCCAAGUCACUUCUUGGUGACUCAUUCAAGCGCCAGCUCAAGUACGACGGUAUCUACUCCGCUGUUACCUUCAUCUGCUCCAAGACGGACGAUAUUUCGGUGACUGAGGCCGCCGAGAGUCUCGAUAUUGAAGCAGACGUCGCCGACUCGUGGGCCAAGAUUGACGACCUGCGCGACCAGUUGCGUAUCCUCAAGAAACAACUCAUGGACGGCAAGGACGAGAAGGCAGAUCUUCUCGAUAGGCUCGAGCAGCUCGACAGUCAGUGGGAAAAGUGGGACGACCUAUCGCAGCGGCACGCUGAUGGCAAGACCGUCUACGCACCCACCACCCACGGCAAGAAACGCAAACGCGGUGCGACCUCCUCCAGAAGCCGCAAGAACCGCAUGUCUGCUGACAGCGAUGACGAGUCGUAUUCGGACGAUUCGGCUAGUGAUAAGGAGAACCAGCCGGACGACGACGACGACGAUGGCGACAGCGAUGACGAACGCCAGCCCCUAACGGAAGAGGCGAUCCAGGAAAGGCUCUCGGACCUCAAAGCCCAGCGCAAGGAGGUUCGCCAACUGCGAAAGGAGGUGGACCACAAGUUGUCCGAUCUUCGACAGGCCAUGAAGCCCCUUCAAGCCGAAGAGAGUCGUCUUCUCGCUGGCGUAAAAGCUGUUUGUAUUCAGGGCAGGAACGAAUAUUCGAAAGGCGCUAUUCAGCGCGAUUUCGCCAUGGGUAUUAAAGAAUUGGAUCAGGAAGCUGCCAUCGAGGAGAACGAAGAGACAUUCAACCCGGAUGAGGAUAUCAGAGACUAUGAUGAGGUCGCUCGGAACCUGCCCGUAUUCUGUGUCAGCAGCCGUGCGUAUCAGAAGAUGAGAGGUCGCCUACAGAAGGACGACUUCAACGACGAAGGCUUCCGCAACGCUGACGAAACUGAGGUACCCCAGUUACAACAGCAUGCCAAGAAGCUCACGGAAGCUGGCCGUGCGGCCACUUGCCGUCGUUUCCUCAACGACUUGAGCCAGCUACUCAACUCCAUGAGGAUGUGGGCUGCCAACGAUGGCUCCCUCUCCCACAUGAGCGACCAAGACAAGAGAAACGAGGAAGGUCACAUCCGUCGGCAAUUGGCUUCGUUGGAUAGAGACUUUAAGAAGGCCGUCGAUGAAUGCCUUACCUCGAUAAAGGAGGCUCUGGCUGAAAGCAUAUACGAUUACUUUGAUCUUACCAUUCCAUCAGCGUCCGCCGCAGCCGUCCCAACUGCCACCUCCUGGGGCGCACACCGAAGCGAGGGUGGCAUGUUCUGGGCAACCUACAAGGCCACGUGCUGCCGGUCCGGUGUCUAUGCUGGUGCAUCUGGUCCUCGCGACUGCAAUGCCGAGCUUUUCGAGCCGAUUAGCAAGCAGCUUGCCACUGGAUGGGAGCGUGCUUUCCAACGCCGCCUCCCCCAAGCGCUUGAAGGUUUCGCUAUGAGUGCCCGCCUGCUCUUGGACACUUUCCAUCGUGGAGCCAUCGCCCGUUCUCAGCAGCGCGGCACCAACUACGCAGGAAUCAACAUGCUGAGCCAGCAGCUUCGGACCCACACGGCCCGGCUCAAAGAAAUUCCAGGUUUGCUCCGCACCGUCGUCCAGGAACUGCAGCGUGAGGCCAGCAGAGGCUCCCAUCCCGUUAUCACCGAGGAGAUGCAGCCGGGAUAUGACUUGUGUGUCGCAGAGUGUGGCACCGGUUCGUACGCUCGCAUGAAGUCGCACAUGAUCAACCACGUUGAGAAUGCCCGUCAUACAAUGUUCCGUCGCUCCACAGAUAGCGUCAAAGAGCAACUCAAGGCGCUAUGCAAACGGGUCGAAAAUGAUAUGGCGGUCCAGGUUCAGGAGAUUUACAACCUCCUCGCUCGUGACUACCUUUCUGUCCUAGUUGGGGUCGACUCCAGCAUCCAGCCAGCUGGUCUCCCAAGAGCGGAGCGCCUUCUUCGGGCUGAAAUGUACCCCAUCUUGCAGGGCACAUCUCGGUGGUUCGCCAAGUCUCCAGCAGCCGAGGUCUCCUCGGUUUCCGAAGACGUUGAUCCAUUUGCCGAUGGCGACGAUCUCGCCGCUUCGCAACUGCAGGAUGAGUUUCAAGCAGGUGCCCACGAGGCUCGCGUUAAGACCGAAGCAGUGUAA